AUGUCUGGCCGCGGCAAAGGAGGAAAAGUCAAGGGAAAGGCAAAGUCCCGAUCAUCUCGUGCCGGACUUCAGUUCCCAGUUGGUCGUAUCCAUCGUCUGCUUCGCAAGGGCAACUACGCAGAACGUGUCGGAGCUGGAGCUCCCGUCUAUCUGGCCGCUGUCAUGGAAUAUCUGGCAGCUGAAGUGCUGGAAUUGGCAGGAAACGCCGCUCGUGACAACAAGAAGACCCGUAUCAUCCCGCGUCAUCUUCAGCUGGCCAUCCGCAAUGACGAGGAGUUGAACAAACUGCUCUCGGGCGUCACCAUCGCUCAGGGAGGUGUUUUGCCCAACAUCCAAGCCGUUCUGCUGCCCAAGAAGACCGAAAAGAAGGCUUAA